AUGGAAAUACCAGAGCCCUUGUUGGCCCCCAACCAGCUACAACAGCCCGCGAAUAAUGAAGGCCUUUUUGAUGUAGCAACUAGGCCAGGAUAUUGCCCUGAGCUUGCCCGUUAUUUUCUGCCUGGAGCAGCGAAAAGCCGUUUGGAAGAAUACUUUAGCAAGUAUAUGCCGCGAAAUGAGCCGAGGCUAGGUUUUUCGUACUGGUCUUCACUUUUUGAUGAUUUUUAUGUUCCUACAGGAACGAUGCGAAUGCUCCUCAUGAAUGAGGAGACGAAGCAACGUCAGCGGUUUGAUAUCGCGAAAGAAUUUCUUCCUCAUUUUUUCACGCUGUGCUUUGCACACAAUAUGCGUGUUAUGCGUAUGCAAUUUACUGAUAUCAAUGAGUAUUUAUGCGAUCCAUCGCGGCCUCCUGCUCCGCCCACCGGGUCGUAUGAGCCGGGCUACCCUACGCCUCUGGUUUUGGGCGGUACCACCCAUAUUGUUGAAGCAAAAAAUGUUCUCCUUUCGAUCGUGUACGAGAAUGGCUGGCAGUGUCAGGCCAUCGGCUCUUGUCGCGCCCUUUUUGCACCGUACUCAAAGGUCCGAUUUGAUCCAGCCCCUCCUGGGGUGAAAGGUAAUGCGGAGGGUAAAGCUCCGCGACUUCACACUCAGUUGCGCUUUCAAUAUUUGUGCUUCAACUCUCUUUCUAAGCGCAUAUAUGUGCCCUUUGAUGAAAUGGUAACACACCUUGAGUCACGAGUCAUACCAAGGCAAGUGGUCGAAAAUAUCAUUUCGUAUGGAAAUAAGCGAAAGAAAGAGCCUCUUGAGGACAGGCCAGAAGAUUGCUCUACAAAGCGACAACAUCUGGAUACAUCAGAUCAUGAUGUGUCUCCCUCCUCGGAAGAGCCUAUCGAUCAAAAACCACCGCCUCCACAAGCAGAUCGGGAUUUUGUGCACGAUGAUGCACAGCUCCCAACCUUUACUUUAAAUCAACCCCGACUUAAUGCUCUACGCUUUCUAGAUGGAUACGGGAUUCCACAACAAAUGAAUCAAACUGUCACUAUGAUGGACACUAUUGCACAACUCCGCACGCUCCUAGAUAUUCAUAUGGAAGAAGGACGAUCGCCACUCCAAGUUAUGGAAGAGUUUCAAGCUCAAAGCGAGAAGCAGCAUUCGUCUUUUGCAAGUAAAAACUCAGACCAUCCGCCCAUCAUGCUGUGA